AUGCCACUGAAGAGCGGUGCUCCUACAGUCUGGGAUUGGACAGCAGCCUAUCAAAAGUCUCCCGUUUUUCGUGACUCUGACAAUGCCGCGGCUCAACAAAUGGCGACGUUUGCCCAAUUCGAGUUGCACGAUCGUCAGCUUGCUUUCCGUUUUAUGGCCCCUCGCUCGAGGGUCUACAUUCACGGCUUGUGUCGGACUUAUGUUCAUCAGUUCCCUGAGUUCCUCACACACGUUCUUUACACCUACCAGGAAUAUAUAACCGCAGGCAAUCGAGGCUACAAGAAGACAUUCCUGGUCCUGAGCAAAUACUGCUAUUCGCCAGGCAUGCGUGUAUACAAUAAGGCGUACUUGGAGUCAUGCACACACUGCCGUGUAUCUAAAACACUGUCAGAAACCUGCGCGCCUCUUUCAACAGCUCGCCACUCCCUCACGUCGGUGGAGUCACUCGAGCUGGCGUACAAUACAACUAGUCAUUCACCCAAUGAGCUCUCCCCCUUCGAGGAUAUAAUUGGUGCAAUCCCACUUACAGCAGCCGGCCUCGACGUCGCCGGCGCAUUGCCUUCUACGCUCACCCGUCACAUGACGAAUCUCUUCUGGGAGCUCUGCGACAGGGCACAUAGUCUAUAUUCUGCGGGCAAAGUGGAUCCAGAAAAUCUACACGGAUUCCUGUAG